AUGGCGGCUGCCCGCAUCACGGCGUCCCGCGCCAUUGAUCGCGUCUGCCAUGGUCAAGCCAUUCGAUUGUCUACGGUAUCAACAGCCACAACUCGUGCCAGAGGUCCCUCGAGCACACUCCAUGCUCUAAGGAACAUUCAAUCGAGACAAAACAGCACGGCAAAUCUUCCACCAAGCAAUGCGAGCAAGAAGAACACGGAUCCCAAAUCCCCGCCUCCGCCCCCUCCAAUACGAUCCUUAUGGCGAUUAAUGUCAUUUCGCAAUCUCAUGAGCGCCUUGACACCGCGGGGAAUGAAGAAAUUAUUCAAGGAAAGCCCAGAAGAGUUGACACUAGCACUGGCAAUCCUGGCAGGUUUGGCCGGUGUUGCCGUUUACAUUGUCAAGUUAUACUUUGACUAUUUCCAAGCCCGCCAGUUCACCAAAUACCCACCACCAAUCGCAAAGGCCCUCAGACGAGCACUCUACUACACGAACAUCAGCCCCGAUGCAAACCUGGCGAAGAAAUACUAUAAGCAAGCCCUCGAGCUAUGCAAUGAGCUUCAGUUGGACCCGUUCUCUGAUGAUGUCCUGGGUAUCAGGAUCCAGACCGCUGCAUGGCUGGAGAAGAUUGGCAACUACCAAGGAGCUAUUCUUGUUCUCAACUCUGUCAUGGAUGAUUGUACCAAGUGGGUUGAGUGGUUCGAGAAAUCCGUCGCAGACGGCACGGUGGAUAAGUCCGGAAAGCCGGCUGCGGUCAAGGUGUUGUCCGAAGAUCAACGCCCAACCGUUGUCGAGGACGAGGAAGAGAUGGUCCCCGAGAACUUGUGGCACAAGCGCACAAGACUCCUCGCGAAAGCUGUGGGCACCAGCACCAAGCUCGGAGCUCUGUAUUCCGACGAGCACGUCUUGGAGCCCGAUAAUGCGCAGGCUCGUUUGACGUGGGCUGUAGAGACUGCACUGUCAGAAGCCCGACGACGCCAUAAGGAGGGCGUCAAGAAGGAGGAGGGGGCAUGGAUGAGCCCGGAGGAAAUCGGUGGUGCCAUGGAAUCCUUGGCCAACCACUACGAGACCAAAGCCCAAUUUCAACUCGCUGUGCCUCUUUUCUUCCACGCCUUGCGCCUCUGUGCCGACCCUUGUCAUCGAGUUACGAUAAUGAACAACCUGGCGGUGGCUUUUGCUCAACAUCCCACGCAGGCAUCUCUCCAGACUAUUUCUGGAGCUCCUUCAACUUCGGAUGUGCUUGUCAGCCCUGAUAUGCCAACAGAUCGGGCAGGACUUUUGGAGGCGGCAAAGAAUUGGGCCCGCAAUGCUUACUCACACGCGAAGGACGUGAAAGGCGACGAUCGCACGGAGGAGUGCGAUGAAGCAUGCGCAGUUGCCCUGACGAACAUGGGUGACAUUGCUGCAAUGCUGGGCAACAAGAUUGACGCUCGCAAACGUUUCCAACAGGCUAUAGAGAUGAGCAAGAAGAUUGGCUUCGAACCUGGUGUAGCCCAAGCUGAGGCUGGACUACAGAAGCUCUGA